UUUCUUCUCAAAGAUAAAAAUGUUUUUAAAACAGAGUGAUGGGUGCAUAAUUUUAAUGACAUACUAAGAAAGCACUACUAGAUUGUAUACUUUCAAAGAAUGAACUUAGUACAUAAGUGUAUUACAUACCUGUAAACCCAUUAUUAUUGAAAGAUAAAUUAUGUUUAUUUCAUGUGUAUGUAUAUCUUGCCUACAUGUAUGUGUGUUCACUGUGUGCAUGUCUGGGCCUGUGACAAUGCAAGAGGAUUUGGAUAGCCUAUAAUUGGCUUUGAAGAUGGUUGUGAGCUGCCUUGUAGGUGUUAUUGUAGGUUGCAGGGUUUGUAGCUGACAGAUAUUGAGGAUUUCCUUUGUCCUCCAGUAGCAACAGGUUUCCUUCCAAUCUUAUGAACUCUGGUUAGUAGGGUGGAGAGUUUAGUUAAACCCAGCUCAACCUAUUGCACUAUGAUGACAGAAAGGUUACCUUCAGAAAUCAGUCCUAAACAUCAGAUUGUGUAGACCAUCCAACAGUCUUGGCACUAGCCUGUGCUGAUAGUUGAGGCUUUAUGUAGGACCCUUUGGUUAAUGACUCAACAGGUUGCAACCCAUUCCUCUUACUGGAGGUGUAACUUGGUGGCACAGGAUGUGUAGUUGGAGCCUUGUCUCCUCUGUCAGUUUUUGGCUCCAUAAGGAUCCCUUGCAUAAAUGUAUAGAAGGCUGCUAGAGUAGCCGAUUUCCAUAUAGCUUUUCAAAGGGCCUUUAGUGUUUGUGGUCCCUCCCCUUAUUUCCUACUUUACCUAGGCCUGCAUGCCAGGGCUGUGGGUGCUUACAUAACCGAAGGAAACGGACCCUCUACAUUAUCAGGUAGGAAUCCCUGGGCAGCCAACAUGGGUGACCUGGAUACAAUGGAGAGACUCAACUCCAGUCAAUAUCAUGUUGAUGAAUAGGAGGGGCAGGUAACGGAGCCUGAAAGAGGUGAGGGCAGUGGAAGGGUGUACCCCAUGCCUCUACCUUUCUCUCCCAAUUGCCUAUUAAACCCUCCUGUUCUAGCUUUUCUUUCUCUCUUUAUAACACUAUACACUACUUCCUCUUCCUUGGGAGAUAGCAUUCUCCCACUGGUUUCUUACAAGAUAGUAAUCCUGUGUGGUUAUUUAGAUUGUAGAUCUCAUUUCAGAUCCUUGAACACUAACAUCCUUAAAAGAGGCCACAUAACAUAUUUGUGGUGUUGGGUCUGGGUUUGGCAACACAGGAUGAUCAUUUUUGCCCCAUCAGGCCAGUUAGGUCCACAUAUUGGCAGGGCUGCAGGGUUGCAAAGGAUCUGAACCAUCACCUAACUCCCCUCAGUAUUCCCUUUGAAAGCCAUGCACGAAGAUCUAGUGCAGAGUCAAAACUGACAGUGCUUUGCCCAGGAGGGUGGGCUCCUGCCACCACAGUCUGAGGCAGCCAUGCAUAGAGCAUAAGCAUAGCACCAUUGUGUGCUCAGAGCAUGUCACUGUGGUUAUGCUAGCAGAGCUGUACUGCUGCUACGUGCUGAAGUACAGUUCACUUCACAGUGAACUGGCUGUGCUCUCCUGCUUUUUACUUGCAAGACUUGCCUUUUUUUGUUAUUGUUUUCUUUCUUUCUUUAAUUAUAGAAUUUUGGAGGCAGUGAUCAGCUAAAGGGAAGGGAAGAGAGGGAAGAGGGUUCGUGGGCGGCCCUAGGCUCCAAUAAUGGAGGAAGUCCUCAAUGAUGACACCCAGACAGUAAAUAUUCGCAGAAGGGGACGCUGGUACACCCGCCUGUGGCAUUCAUGUCUGGGCCUUAGAUGCAUGCAUCCUCAAAAAAAAAAGAAAUUUCGUCUCCACUGGAUUGGCUAUGAUCCUAUAGGUCCAUUACAACGAGCAGCUAGUAUGGGUGACCUGGAUACAGUGGAAAGAUUAAUCCACUCCAGUCAACAUCAUGUGGAUGAAUCUGAUAGAAGAAACAGGACGUCACUCCAUUAUGCAUGUGCCCACAACCAUCCAGACGUGGUGGCACUAUUAUUAGAAAAUAAUUCCAGCAUUGAUAUCCUGGAUGAUGCAGGCUGUACACCCUUGAUUAAGGCCACCCAACGAGACAAUGUGGAUUGUGUUUCUGUAUUGCUCACCCACAAUGCGGAUCCAAAUCUGAUAGAUUUCAGUGGGAACACAGCCUUCCACCAUGCUGCAUCCAGGGGUAACAUAAGUAUUGUAAAAAUGCUCCUUGAGCACAACGUAGACAUUGAAGCCAAAACAGAGUAUGGCAUGACACCGUUGCAACUUGCAGAAUUUGAAGAGAAACCUGAAAUGGUAGAAUUUUUAGCAGCGAAGUGUGCAAAAAGCACUGGAUCAUCAGCUCAGAGAACUGAAGUGAAGCAUGUCAGGUUUAAUGAAGAAGUCUUAUAUUUUGAAGAGGAAAGGCCUUUGUCCUGUGGAGCAAGACCACCAGGACAGCUUAAAUCCAUCUUGAAAAACUCUGUCCAGUAUAAUACAGUUACUGAGAAAAUUACUAGAAGAACAUCACUUGGUUUCCUGAAUUCCAAGAAUGGUUUGUACAGGUGUUCAAAAGCAGAAGAUGUCAGGUAUACUUCCUGUAUCAAGACUGAGAAGAAAUUGUGGAUAUUUAGCAAUUAUGUUCAUCAAAUUUGCCUUAUGAAGAGAUUAGAGCAUUUUCUAUUUGAUUCUUAUAAGGGUAUGUAGAAAGAUCUUCAUCUA